AUGGAUACAUCAGUUGAUUUAACAGAAGAGGAAGUUCGGAACAUCAUUGCUGCCUUCAAGGAUAUGCAUAUGAAGCCAAAUGCAGAAUCUCCAGAUGCAUUUAAAGAUUGGAUGAAGGAGUUCUCAACUCAGAAAUCAUUAUAUACUGGAUAUAUACCAAAUAUUCAUACCUUUUCCGGAGACAAUAAAGGAGACAACACCUACGAAGUAUGGAGGUACCAAGUGUUAUGUCUUAUCAUAGAAAACUACGCACAUGAAGUAAUUGCUCAGGCCAUUAGACGUUCACUUAGAAAAGAACCUAACAAGAUAGUCAUGCGGUUAGGCCCCAAAGCUACUGUCGACGACAUCAUCGACAAGAUGGAUAGUAUUUAUGGAAUAGUAGAUCCAAAGGAAGCGUUAUUGGCACAGUUUUACACAGCCAGACAGGAACAAGAUGAAGAUGUUUCCACCUGGGGAUGUCGCUUAGAAGACAUUUACAACAAAGCACGCCGUCAAGGAAAGAUUUAUGAGGAAGAUGUAGAAGAUAUGUUACGAUCAAUGUUUUGGAAAGGAUUAAAACCGGAACUCAAGAGAAUUUCAGGAUACAAGUUUGAUACCAUCAAGGAUUUCAACCAUCUUUUAUUGGCGAUACGAGAAUUGGAACAUCAACAGAAGGAAUAUACCAAAGAGAACACACCUAGUCAAAAGAAAUCUAUACCAGCUAAGAGAGCAAAUGCACCUAGGAAAAAGGAUAAGAACGAACUAGAGACCGUAGUUAAGCAUUUGAUGUCACAGAUUGAACUUCUAGAGAAACGACAAGAGCAAUUGAUCAACAACAAUAAGCAUAAUAGGACAGAUCUGAUACACAAACCCACCAGAUGA